UGUCAUUCAUGACAUUUAGUCUUGUCUCUUACCUUCGACGAUAACAUUCGUUCAAUUGUUCAUUCUUCAAAGAGUCCCCAAGCAUCAUUGUUGCACUAUUACGCGUUUGCCCAAAAUCAAUCAAAAUGGCUAAUAACAUGUUGAGGAAGGUUCUCGUUGUUGGUGUUGGUAUGACCAAGUUUGAGAAACCCGGUAGACGUUCAGAUUUUGAUUACCCAGACAUGGUUGCUGAAGCAGUUACGAAUGCCCUUAAAGAUGGAAAAGUAGAUUACAAGCAAAUCCAACAGGCUGUAGUAGGAUUUGUUGAUGGUGAAUCGUGCUGUGGACAGAGAGCUUUGUAUCCUUUGGGAAUGAAUGGCAUCCCAAUCUACAAUGUCAAUAACAAUUGCUCAACUGGAUCAUCAGCCUUGCUGUUGGCCCAGCAACUUGUGGCUGGUGGUGUUGCUGAAUGUGUCCUCGCAGUAGGAUUUGAAAAAAUGAAGAGGGGAUCUCUUACUGGAAAGGGAUAUGAUGAUCGCGUUAAUCCAAUGGAUCGCCACGUCGGAGCUUUGGCUGAGAACGUUGGUAUCGAACCUGCUCCGAUUGCUGCUCAAUUGUUUGGCGCUGCCGGACUGGAACACAUGAAAAAAUAUGGUUCCAAAGAAGUCCAUAUGGCCAAAAUCGCGUGGAAGAAUCACAAACAUUCAGUCAACAAUCCGAAAUCUCAAUUCCGGGAUGAAUACACAUUGGAACAGAUCCUGGCCUCAUCGCCAGUGUACGGCCCAUUGACUAAACUUCAGUGUUGCCCUACUUCAGAUGGAUCAGCUGCGGCCAUCAUAGUAUCUGAAGCUUUUGCCGCUAAACACGGUCUCCUUGACCGAGCUGUUGAGAUUCUUGGAAUGGAAAUGACCACUGAUCUCAGCUCCACUUUUGAGAACAGCAGUAUGAAGCUGGUGGGCUACGACAUGACGAAAAUGGCUGCUGAAAAGCUGUUCGCCAAAACCGGUGUGAAACCAACCGAUGUCCAAGUGGUUGAAUUGCACGAUUGCUUCAGCGCAAACGAGCUCAUAACUUACGAAGCGUUGGGAUUAUGUCCCGAAGGCAAAGCGGGCGAAAUGAUCGACAGGGGCGAUAAUACUUACGGUGGCAAGUACGUAGUGAAUCCGAGCGGUGGUCUCAUAUCCAAAGGCCAUCCUUUAGGAGCAACGGGCUUAGCUCAGUGCGCUGAGCUUACGUGGCAGCUUCGAGGCGAGGCGGACAAGAGACAGGUGCCCAAUUGCAAACUUGCACUUCAACACAACAUCGGUCUCGGUGGAGCAGUCGUCGUCGCUUUAUACAAAAUGGCCGUUGAACCAAAGGCAUCCGAAAGUGUUCGUAUUGAAGGCUUCAAGUCGUCAGAUGUUUUCGAGCUGAUGCAAAAUGCCUUGGCCCAGAGUGGAGCCGAACUAACCAAGAAGGUGGGAGGCGUGUUCCUCUUCAAGGUGGCAGGAGAUGGCGGUGCCCAAGGUUCAUGGGUUGUCGAUGCGAAGAAUAACGGCGGUUCCGUUAGGAUCGCUAAAGAUGGUGACAAGGGAGAUGUUACCAUCAGCAUGAAGGAUGAUGAUUUGACUCAAAUGCUUGCCGGUAAAUUGGCUGCUCAACAAGCUUACUUUCAGGGACGCCUUAAAGUGCAAGGAAACAUGGGCCUUGCCAUGAAAUUGCAAGAGUUGACCAAGAACGCCCAGCCAUUGAAGGCGAAAUUGUAGGAGGCAGCCCCUUCGAGCCAGCACAUCAUUUAUAUCUACUGCUGUUACAGAAAAGUUGAUGAUAUAUGUUUAUAUAUGAUAGGGUAUAUUGGUUUACAUCUUUUCUGAAUAAAAGUUAGAAGUUGGGUUUACAAA